AUGUUUUUCCUCAAAGAAGAAACCAAGGUCAUCACCCUUCACCCUUCUUAUUUCGGGCCCAAUGUGCGCGAGUACCUCAUCAACCGAUUAAAUGAGGAAGAGGAAGGACGAUGCACCGGAGACCAUUUCGUGAUUUGUGUGAUGGAUAUGGUGGAUAUUGGUGAGGGACGGGUGCUACCAUCGAACGGCCAGGCUGAAUACACCAUUAAAUACCGAGCGAUCAUCUGGAAGCCUUUCCGAGGAGAAACUGUUGAUGCCAUUGUUACCUCCGUUAAGCCUACUGGAAUCUUCACCUUGGCUGGUCCAUUGUCCGUUUUUAUUGCGCGAAAAAACAUUCCGUCCGAUAUUAAAUGGGAGCCCAAUACAGUGCCUCCCCAGUACACUGACCAUGCGGAUCAAGUGAUUGAGAAGGGCACAAGUUUGCGGCUCAAGAUCCUGGGUGUCAAGCCAGACGUUGCUGCAAUCAAUGCCAUUGGAACGAUUAAGGAGGAUUAUCUAGGGUGGGUACUUGGUCUGCGGCUCUCUAUGUUUGGCAUUUCUAACAAGCGCAAUUUUCUUCAGACCUUUGUAAUGCAAAUUCGCGAGCCCACGACGAUCAUGACGAUUUAUACCACUACAAACGAGCGCUUGGGGAGAUGUAGUUUACCGCAUAUAGCCAGCAUUAGCGGCCUGACAGCCAGUCAUCGCGGCUGCAAUUGCGAUGUACGAAGUCCAGAGGUUCCAUCGGUUCCGAGAUGGAGAGAAAAUGGUGGGAGCCUCUCAUUUCCGAAUUUUGGGGCAAGCGCGGGCUUCGAAGUGUAG